CAAAUAUUUGCAAAUAUACUUGUAACAAAAACUGCAGACUUGCAGUGAUCAACAUAUAUUGCAAAUAGCAACUAGCAACUAGCAAUGCAAGCCCAAAAAAUAUUUGCAUUAAAAUUACAAGGGAGAACAAUGGAAGCUUUCUCCUCCCUUUUCUUUUUCUUCUUCUUCUUCCCCCUCAUUGCGACGUUUUCCACGGGUUCGGCGCAAAAGGAGCCCACAUUUGCGUGCGACGUCGACAAGGUUCCAGCGUAUAGGAAUUUCACUUUCUGCGACGGGUCGUUGGAUGUGAAGACAAGAGUGGAUGAUCUCCUCAAAAGGUUGAGUUUGCGGGAGAAGAUUUCGUUCCUGGUCACGGAGGCGAGCAGCGUGACCCGGCUCGGGAUCCCCAAAUACCAAUGGUGGUCCGAGGGGUUGCACGGGGUGGACCUGAUCAAGCUCCCCGGUUACACCAGUCUCGUCCCGGGUUCCACCAGCUUCCCCGCCCCCAUCCUCACUGCCGCGUCAUUCAAUGUGACCUUGUUUCACUCCAUUGCUAAGGCUGCUGCUCCGGUGUUCUCUGGCGAAGCUGUGCGCAGGUUACACGACUACAGCGGCGGACCCUCAACCCGGCGGUGGUGGCUCCUUAACCCGGCGGCGGCCGAUCCUCAACGCGGCCUGACUGCACGCGAACGGCGCCGAUUCUCCUCGAACCAGCGACGUCGACUGAGGACGGCGACGAUUCAGGAUCUGCUAUCGAUGGCGGCGGCGACUCCUCCAAGCGGCGGCGGCUCCUUCUGCCGCUACUCCUGUGUGCGACGGUCUAUAGCAAACCGCGGCAGAGAUCUGGGAGCUCGACGGCGGAAACACACAGCAGCGACGUCAGCGAUCUUCCUCGCCCCGGUUCAAGACCCAGCGGCGAACUCGACGGCGACUGGGAAGAGCGCAACUAGGGUUACAACAAACGGGCCGGGCCUACAAAUUAAGCCCAAGCCUCCACAAACCCAACACGAUGAUGGCGAUAAUAAUGGAAAGCUCAAAAUUGCCGGAUGUUGCAAGCACUACACUGCUUAUGAUCUGGAUAAUUGGAAUGGAAUCUCCCGAUAUACUUUCAAUGCUGUGCUUCCUCCUGAUAUGAUAUAUGAGGUGACUAAACAAGACAUGGAGGAUACAUUCCAGCCUCCCUUUGAGAGCUGCGUUCGGGACGCAAAGGCUGCAAGUGUGAUGUGCUCUUACAACCAAGUCAACGGGAAGCCAAUUUGUGGCGAUCCCGAUUUGUUAGCUGGAGUGGUCAGAGGAAAAUGGAACCUGAAUGGAUACAUUGUGACCGACUGUGAUUCGCUUUACAAGAUUUUCAACGAUCAGCACUACACAAAAACGCCAGAAGAGACUGUUGCUCUAGGCUUGAAAGCAGGGGUAGACAUCAAUUGUGAUUUUUUUUGGCUAACCACACUCAAGCUGCAAUCGACAAAGGACUUGCCUAAAGAUGUUUGUUCUCAGAACAAUCAGGACCUCGCCGAGGAAGCUGCAAGGCAGGGCAUAGUCUUGCUAAAAAAUUCUCCCGGUUCACUCCCUCUCCUUGCCACCUCAAUAAAAUCUUUAGGAGUGAUUGGACCAAAUGCCAAUGCAACUAAAUCCAUGUUGGGAGAUUAUGCAGGCAUCCCAUGUAGGUACACAUCUCCUUUACAAGGGUUAACCAGGUUUGUGCCAACUGUGUAUACUCCGGGAUGCAAAGACGUAUACUGUGAGACUCCAAGCAUUAACGAGGCCAAGAAAAUCACCUCAAGCGUGGACGCCGUUGUCUUGAUAAUGGGCUCUGACUUUUUGAUCGAGAAUGAAGGCCUCGAUAGGAUCAAUAUCACUCUUCCGGGGAAGCAGUCUACUUUAGUAUCAGAAGUUUCAAAGGUUUCAAAAGGACCUGUCAUCCUUGUCAUAUUGUCUGGAGGUGGAAUGGAUGUGUCCUUCGCCAUCGAUAAUCCAGCCAUAACCAGCAUCCUCUGGGCUGGGUUCCCAGGUGAAUCCGGUGGUAUUGCCAUUGCUGAAGUCAUUUUCGGGUCACAUAAUCCGAGUGGGAAGCUACCAGUGACAUGGUAUCCACAGUCCUACGUAGAGGGCGUGCCAAUGACGGAUAUGCGCAUGAGACCCGAUCCUAUGUCUAGGUAUCCCGGCAGGCCCGGCAGGACAUACAGGUUCUACAAAGGACCAACUGUCUUCGAUUUCGGACAUGGUCUAAGCUACACCAACUUCACACACACCAUUGUUUUCGGACCACCUGUAACCAUUCAUUUGUGCCCCAAAGAGAAUCACAGCUGCAAUGCCUUUGAGUGCGACCCCAUUGCGGUUCACGACUCUUCGUUCUAUUUGCACGUGAAGAUAAAGAAUGCCGGAGAACGAGUUUCCCUCAUCGAUACCAUUCGUAUCAUUGGCGCUUUCAUUAUGUCUUCGGAAGUUAUCACCUCUGCCGAUUUCUGGGAUUUCCAACAACAAAUUGAUCGACAACUUUUGGCUCAUACCACCACCAUGCAAACCCUAAAGCAUAUCAUGGAACAACUGCAGCAUAACUUUGGAGAAUUAUUUAGUCGUCUUGAGAAAACCCCAGCCGCGGGUUUCACGCUGCCGCGCACGGGAGGAGGCAGUGGGUCUGACCCGGUCCCUCUUAUGUCCAAAUUGAAGCUGGAGAUGCCCAAAACCGACGGCACGGAUCCUCUCGGAUGGCUCUUCAAGGCGCAUGAAUAUUUCGUCUUCUAUGGCGUCACGGAGGACGCACGCCUACCUGUCGUCUCCCUUAUGCUCGAAGGUCCAGCCUUGGAUUGGUUUCGUUGGCGUCAACGGAACGCUCUUGUGUCUUCGUGGUCGGAUUUUCUUUCCCAAUUCAAGCUCCGCUUCAACCCCUUAAGUUAUGUGGACUAUUUCGGGCUGCUUUCGAAGGUCCACCAAACCGGCUCCGUUCUAGAGUACCAACAGGCAUUCAAAAAAAUACUCGUCAACGUCACCAGGGUCGCCGAACCGAAUCUUCAGUCUCUCUUCCAUGCAGGUUUGAAAUCUCAUCUACAACAUGAAAUUAUGCUCCUCAAACCCAGUUCCUUGUCCGCUUCUUUUGCUCUUGCCCGGGAACUUGAAGUUAAAUACACGGCUUGGACGUCGGCUAUGCCACCACGGCGGGAGGGCUUCCGUGACCAGGCGGGCUAUAAGACCCAAACCCCUCCUCCCAACAUGCCUCUGUUGCCGUCACCAGUGGCGACUCUGCUUGUUCAUUCUGCCACCUUGCGCACAUGUUUGGCCAGAAAAUUCAAAAAUGACAGUGGAUUUUCAAAAGAAUAUUUCACGCAAGAGAACUCUUCUUAUGUACCAAUUCUAGAAGAAUUGGCACAAAACAAAAGGUUCCUGAACGCUGGGUUUCCAAAGCCGUGGGCCAUAAUCACGCCUAAAGACAAGUAUGAGGUGCAAGCCAUAAUACUUUGCGCAAAGCGUCAUGGAAUCCAAAUUCGAAUUCGGAGCGGAGGGCACGUUUAUGAAGGGGACAACAACGGAACUGCUGUGUCGAACUCAUUCAAGGGUCUCUGCCUGGGGAGAGGUGACAAGGUGUUUGCAAUCAUACAAGAGGAGUUCCCGGAGCUGGAGCUGGAGAGGAAGAACUCUAUCGAAAUGAGUUGGAUUGAAUUGGUGGUGCACUUUGCGGGAUUCCCCAUCGGGACACCUCUUGAUCACGCCUUGCUCACAAGCGUUAUUACAGACAGUAGUACUCCAUAUGCAUUAUGCAUCUCAAGCUAAGAAGCAACAUGCGGUACACUAUAUAUAAAACCACCUACUCCACAUAUAGAUACCAUACUUACUCUGAAAUCCCGCUCUCACAAUCUGGAAGCAGUUCCUCACUCUUCGGUCUUUCCAUAACCAUUUCUUUCCAAAUCCCCAAGGGAAGCAUACAUAAACUAGAGGGAUUUAC